AUGGCAUCUGCAACACAAGACGAUGCCUACAUUUUAGGCGUUGGAAUAGCGGCAUUCCUGAAGCCCCGCGGGGAACGAAUGUAUACGGAGCUCGCAUUUGAAGCCGGCGUUAAGGCAAUGUUAGAUGCUCAUAUCACAUAUGACGAUGUUGAGGUUGGAAUAGCAUGCUAUGCAUCAGGUCCAACCUGCAGUGGUCAACGUGCGUUCUAUCAAUUCGGCAUGACCAGCAUCCCCAUUUAUAAUGUCAAUAAUGCCUGUGCGACGGGGUCAACAGGGUUGCACCUUGCUCGAGCUUUCGUGAGAUCGGGGAUCCAUGACUGUGCUCUAGUGAUAGGAUUUGAGCAAAUGCAGCCGGGCCCCCUCGUCAGUAGCGUUACGGACAGACCGACUCCGUUUGAUUUAAGUAUGAGGUUGAUGGAAGCCACCCAAGGGAAGAACAAGACUCCCAAGAAUCCACAGAUGUUCGGCAAUGCUGGGCGGGAAUACAUGGAAAAGUAUGGCGCGAAAGCCGAAGACUUUGCGGAAAUUGCACGGAUUUCACACGAGCACUCGUCAAGAAAUCCGUACGCUCAAUUUCAGACCGUGUACACUCUCGAAGAGAUCCAAAAGUCGCCAAUGAUCCACUACCCGCUGACAAAGCUACAAUGCUCACCUACGUCCGACGGAGCAGCAGCAGCGAUUGUUGUUUCGCGGAAGUUCCUCGACGCAAGGCCACAUUUAAAGAAUCAUGCCAUUCUUAUUGCCGGUCAAUCUCUCAAGUCUGAUAGCACAGCCCUCUAUUCAGGAAGUGCAAUGGAUCUGGUGGGGUAUGACAUGACGAAGCGAGCUGCGACUGCAGCGUUACGCGAGGCGGGCGUGGUGCCGAGCCAAAUCCGUGUUUGUGAGCUACAUGAUUGCUUCUCUGCAAACGAGCUUAUUUCUUUGGAUGCAAUCGGCUUCUCUGAAGUGGGAAAAGCCCACCAUCUUGUUCGCCAGGGAGACAUAACUUUCGGAGGGAAAGGUCCAAUCGUUAAUCCAUCAGGUGGUCUUAUUUCCAAAGGUCAUCCCCUCGGAGCAACGGGCCUCGCGCAAUGUGCAGAGCUUAUAUGGCAGCUGCGUGGCUGGGCAAACAAUGGCCGUUUGGUCGAAAAGACAGAUGUUGCCUUGCAGCAUAAUAUUGGAUUGGGUGGUGCGGUUGCGGUAACGGUGUACAAACGCGUUGAUGGAAAGAAAAACAGUGAUAGUCCGGUCACUGAGAAGGAGAUUUCAGCGAUGAGUGGCCUUGGCUAUAAUCCGGCCAUUGAGGCCAGGUUCAUCACACCUGAACAAGCCCAUUCAGUGCGGAGUAAAAUAGCUUCGUCUGAUUAUGCCCUGGACAAUACAGCCAACCUUAUUGCAUCAAGGCUAUGA